CCUUAGCGGGGUAUAGCACAGCGGCACAUUAUGCGGCUAUGGUGGAAUCAGUCACUGGCGAGUUGUGGGUGGUGACUAGUCGGCGAUCCCAUCCGUCCGAGGUACGUGCUUCCGCGUUCGCGAGUUUUACCGUGACACGGCCGAUUACCGCGGAUUCGAUCGCGAUCGAGACCGCCUCGAUCCCUCGAUCCGCCUCGCUCCCGAAAGUUCCUCGGAUAAAUCGCGACUGGUUCCGUUCGCGUUCCCGAGGCGGUUAUCGAACGAAAGAUCGUCAAACUUGGCGAACGUCCCGCGGAAGUGUUCCGGUUUCGAAAAGGUGGCGGACUCGAGUUUCCGUGGAAAAGAUCACGGAGAUUCGCUUACUUCCGCGGUGAACUUGAACCCCGAGCGAAGGGGUUCCAAAGUGGAGCCUGGAGGCGUUCGAGGCGGGAAUAAUGAGCGAUCGCGCGGAUUAGCCGCUCUUAUUAAGCCCGGGCCGCCUCCGCGUGAAAGCGAUUCGCACUUUCCAAAACUCCUAAUAUGCUAGAUGCGUGCUACGAUCGGGCUGGAUCCUUGGAACGCGUGGUAAAUGUCGAAAUCGCGAAUGGAACUUUAACCCUGCGAGUGCUGUGAAUGGAUACAUAGGGUUCGUUGAAAGUUACCGGCGUGGAAUACAUGUGCCGCAACGAAAAAAUAUGGAAGCGAGUUCGUAUCGAGUACGUAUGCGCUGAGAGCUUGGUAGUUUCUGCUCCGCGAAGUUGUGAUUGCUGCGAGAGCAACAUUGUAAAAUAUUUAUGUUCAUCGAGGUCGAACGGUCAGGUUCGUUGGUGUGUUUUCGAGUUGGAUGGUUUAAAUGUGAAAUUUUUAACCAAUUCAUUAGCAGGGAAUUUAAUUUCGUAUUUAAGUAAUUUAAAUUACUAUUUUGGUCAUUUCAAAGAUGAACACAUUUUAUAUAACUCUCUCCCAAAAAUUGUCUAACAAGAAAGUCUACCUAUCCAUGAUAUGAUAAAGUUCCCAGAACUUCGUUGAUAUAUUUUCAAGUUAGUUGUUUUUAAACACCUUGGUUCAGUUAUUCAGUUAAAUUUUUCAAAUAGUUCAAGGAUGAACACAUUUAACAUAAUUCUCCUCCAAAAAUUAUCUACCACGAAAGUAUAACAAGUGAGAGGGCAAAAAUUGUCAGUACUCAAAGGGUUGAACGCCCCCCGCAGCCGGAGAUGAUUCUCCCACCGUUUUGGAUCCCGGUUGCCCGCCGAAGGUGAUCCCGCGAGUGUCCAGUUCGUCGAACUCCCCCGUCCGUGCACGUGAAAAGGAAAAAAAAGUGGUGGCUCGAAUAAUUUUCGUGGAUUUCGUGUGUUCAGUUCACGACACGGUGCUCCAGGUUCCGUUGGCGACGGUUGCGCAACGGCUGCGCGACAUUUGCUUGACAUUCCCGCGCCGUGCCGCUGGAAAAGUGGAAAUAAAGUCCAGCCGGGGGAUAAUCCUUCACCGCGUCGCCCGUAAAUACUGCCAGGGGGGGCCGUCCCGAGGAAAACCCGCUUCUGCUUAGGGGGAUAUCUACGACCAACAGGUCUGGAAUACCUGGCGAACAGCGAUACGAGCGGAGUGCAAAGUAUCAGGGAUUCAUCGGGCAUAGAUCUUUGCGUAAAGAUGACGAGAUAACCCUGCGGAGGUGAACGAACGGUUUCAGGAUUCCAAUAAGGAGCAUCGAGAUCCGAUGCGAACUAACAGGACGCGUGCGGACACGGUUUCGACGUGUCAGGAUUGCCAGGUCCGCUUUGGGUGCUCCUUUUUCGCUGAGUCGUGGCGUAGGCCAGUCUUCGAGGUGGCUCGAGCAGUGUUUACGAAUAUUUGGAAGCAGGGAUCGAAAAGCAAAAGUUUCUGGGGGAAUAGGCACUGAAGGGAACUUGGACUAUUCUUUUCCUUGAAGGCAGAGAGACGAAAGGCUCGAAGUCUUUGUCUAGUGUGUAAAAAGCUGAAACAGCUCUAAGAACAAUCCUCCAGCAAUCCUUGAAGAUAAGACUUAAAGAAGUUCCUGAGUUUUGAAAUAGAUGCUGGCAUCAAGAGUCGGGAGAUUCUAGAGUCCUUCUCGGGUGGCCAAGAAACUAGCGGACCUGGAGAAUCAUUAAGCUCGAGACUGAAGGCCUGAGGAAAGUAGAUACUAGCACCAGAAGAUUCGAGAUUCCAAGAUUCAAGUCUCAGAAUCUAUGCUCCGGAGUCUAUUGCUCCAGAAUCUUUCAAAUAAGGAUUAAACGUGAAGGAGGGUACCAAGAACCCAACGGACCCGAAGAAACUACCCGAAACAGGGCCACAACGUAGCAGGAUGUUGAAGAUGAUGGGGCCGUAAGAGAGCAGAGGCCUUGACGCUCGAGUUGGGAUCGUUCGUGUUUGGGGACUAUAUCUGUGCAACCUGUGACCCAUCUCCAGUCUGGAGAUUCGACGAUAGUACGUCAGGCCGCUUAUUCUUGGUGACAGUCCUUGACUUAUGAACACAGCUUCUAGGCUUGUCUAAAACAUCAUCUGGUUGCUUUGGAGGUGCCUCAUUGCUUGGGAAUGUUAAAGUAGAACCUUAGGAAGUCGGUGCAAGUUUCGAGUCUUAGCUCAACAAACUAUCAAAUUUAAUUAACCAAGGAAGUUGAAGAGAUUACUAACAAUAUGCCAAGGUAGCAAGACGAAACCAGUCGAUACAAGUCCCAAGCCCCGAGCUUCAUGAUAAGCAAGCGCAAGUACGUCAAAAGGGGACCAGAGACUCGCAUCCAUUCAAAGUGGAAAGAUCCUCCAAAUUCAAGAUAGCAAACACCAGAGCUCUUCAAACUCUAGAAAUCCAGUAGAUCCGCCGAGAAGACCGUCGAGAAUCUCGUAAGGCCCCGAACACUGCCUCCCAGGGACUCUGACCCCCGUCGCCUCACGAAAAAUGAAGAGACACAUCCCUCGAACAAUGUCUACAUAACGAAACAGGUCCGCUACCGCUCCAGAACCUCGGAGGCUCGGAUUCGAGGAGAUCCAGGCGAUUCCGUUGCAAUCUCGGACCCAUCUGGGGUCCCACGAGAGAUUCGGCUGAUAAACGGCCGGAGGGAGGAUAUCCCCGACACUUGUUCCCCGCUCGAACAUGAACUAGCUAAGGAGGGAGCCCGUCGGACAGCUCGAGGAAACGACGCCGAAGAAGGCCGCGACGUAUCGACGAGGAUUCCAUCGUCAGAGGGGCAAGAUGACGAGAUAAUCGAGGCGGAAGGCGAACGAACGACUCUGGAACGUCGGAGGAGCUCUCGUGGUCCAAGCAGAGGAGCGCAAAGGUCGACAAAAUAGAGUACCCAGGCGGCAGCGGUAUGUACGGGGGCGGCGCGGGUGGCGGGGGUUAUGGAGGGGUCGGUUUGGGCCCCGGAGCGGGCCCUUCGCAUUACAUACCCUCCGCUACCUCGGUGGGCUACCAAUUGGCCCCGCCGCCCCCACCACCGCCAGCGCCCUGCCCCACCGCCGGAAGUCAGCUUCUGUCUUACGGGCCCAACCUAUCGCCCCAUCAUAUGCAGCAGACGCACACGGACGCGCAACAGGCCAAGAGACGGAGAUCCGACGAAGAUGAUCCUAGCGGGUGUAAAUAUAGAAGGCUGGAGGGCGAGAAUGUACAGGACAAAGAAAGAUUUGCGAGCAGGGAGAAUCACUGCGAGAUCGAGCGGCGACGGCGGAACAAGAUGACCGCCUACAUCACCGAACUUUCGGACAUGGUGCCGACAUGUUCUGCACUGGCUCGGAAACCCGACAAAUUGACCAUACUCAGGAUGGCGGUCGCCCAUAUGAAGGCCCUCAGAGGUACCGGAAACACGACCACGGACAACACGUACAAGCCUUCGUUCCUCACCGACCAAGAACUGAAGCACCUGAUCCUGGAGGCAGCCGACGGAUUCCUGUUCGUGGUGAGCUGCGAUACCGGCAGAAUCAUCUACGUCUCCGACUCCGUCGCACCUGUGCUGAACUACACGCAAAGCGAUUGGUACGGCACCAGCCUCUACUCCCAGGUUCAUCCUGACGACACCGAGAAGGUGAGGGAACAGCUGAGCGCCGAGGAACCGCAGCACGGAGGCAGAGUGUUAGAUCUGAAGACGGGGACCGUGAAGAAGGAAGGCCAGUCGUCGAUGAGGAUGUGCAUGGGCUCGAGGAGAGGGUUCAUCUGUCGCAUGAAGGUCGGAAAUCUUCAGACGACGGGCGACAUGGCCGCCGCUCACGGUCUCCACCGCAUGAAGCAGAGGAACUCGCUUGGUCCACCGGCCAGGGACGGUCAAAAUUACGCCGUGGUUCAUUGUACAGGAUACAUCAAGAACUGGCCCCCCAGCGGUGAUUGUGUUCCCCCAUGUGUACCAGGUGUGGGUCUAGGUGACAGGAGUAAUGUUCAAGCUAGACCCGAUGGUGUAGUUGCACAUGAAAAUGCAGGCAGCAAGUACUGCUUAGUGGCCAUUGGACGACUACAGGUCACUAGCACACCAAAUAGUAGUGAUUUAGCAGGUUCCAAUAGCAAUAAUGAAUUUAUUUCGCGUCAUUCUGCGGAAGGUAAAUUUACCUUUGUGGACCAAAGAGUUGGAGGAAUUCUAGGAUAUACACCCUCAGACCUCUUAGGUCACCCAUGUUACGAAUUCUUCCACCCAGAGGAUUUGACGCACAUGCGAGAAAGUUUCGAGCAAGUGCUGACGCUGAAAGGACAAGUAGUGUCUGUGAUGUACAGAUUUCGAGCCAAAAAUCGCGACUGGGUGUGGUUAAGGACGUCUGCGUUUGCCUUUUUAAACCCAUUCACCGACGAUGUUGAAUACAUUGUCUGCACAAACACGCAUGCAAAGUCAUUCCAUCCUGGUAGCGAUGGUCAGACAGAACCUGAAGCUGUACCUGCCUAUGGACAACCUGGCUUAGAUUAUUCCCUUCAAAGACACCCUGCCAGAGAUCCUUUAUACUCGGGGCAUCAUAUGAUGCAACAUCCAGCUACUGUAGCUGCAGCUGGUCCUCAGCAGCCUAGGCCGUCCAGUACACAAAACGUUUAUCAGGGAUACGAGACAACGCAAUCGCCAAUAGCGUACGGUUCACCUGGACAGCAGAGCGCAUCUUCUUCAGUUUUAAAUAGAAUUCAAAAGCCAGCUAACACAUCUCCGACUCCAGUGCAACAAGCAUGGACCAUUGGAAGACAACAACCAGUGACGGAAGGGUAUCAGUACAGUCAAUUAAGUCCGUCGAGGUCACCCAGCGGACCAACUUAUACUCAACUAAGUAGCGGCGCUAGGACACCAGCUACGCAGUACCAUGCAGUCACAACAGUGCCUAACAAUCCUGGUAUGUGGGGGUGGCAAAGUCAACAACACCAAACACCUCAGCAAGAUGGCGGACAAUCAAAUCCUCAGGUGACAGGCCAAGCGCAACCACCUCAUCCUGCCCAGGGUGGUCCUGGCACGCAACCCCAGGAACUCUCGGACAUGUUGCAGAUGCUACAGGAUCAGGGUGGAGCAUCUGGUUUCGAGGAGUUAAAUAUGUUUAAUACUAAUUUCGAGUAGCGUAUAAGAAAAUAGCAUCGCCGACGAACGUCUACCUUAAAGAAGCAUUAAGGUUCGAAUCAUUGGUACAGUCCCGGGAUUAUUCCGGGGAUCAUAAUCAGCACUUUUACUUCAGCAUUCAAUCGAUACUAAAGUUCGCAAUUUAGCACCUUACGUGUAAACUUUAACCGAAUUGACAUCGAGGUUAGCACGACUUAACCUCGUAUCGAUCUUACUUCCUUCGCGAGAAGUUUCAUUUUAUCGCUUCAGACGGUAUGAUUCUGAAGAUCGUACGAGAUCGUGUAACAAAAUUGUCGAGAAUUCGUGAAUAUCGUUUUUUGUGAAAGUGCCAUUAAAUAUCAUCUCAUAAAACAUUGAAAAUGGUCACUUAUAAUACGCACAGAUGGAUUAGGUGAGGAGACUUUGGAAAGCUUUUAACGAAACACGAAUUUUAGAAUUUGAUAUGAGAAAUAAUUCUGCGAGGAUUGUUCAAACAAGAACUAUGAUUUAUAUUUUCGAGCGUAGUUUCGUUCGCUUCCGUAACUCAAACGUGGUUUGGGAUCGCAUCGAAGUAGUACUUAUAAAGUACCCUUGUUCCGCCACUUUCCUUUAUUGAUCUGAUUUUAGAGUGUAAGGAAAACAUUUUUAAAACGAUAGUAUAAACUAGAAAUUAAAUUUUGAACACUCCUCGUUGUCUUAGGAAAAGACACAAUUGUAGGAGUGAGGUUAUGUUGGGGGAGUAUUCGUUUCUGUUUGGUCCGAAAAUUGGUUACAUCAGUAAUGUUUACUGAUUUAUUUAUCUUCGAAGAAGAUAUAUAGAUUUCGUGUAAUGGAAGCAACCUUGUUCGUAUCUCGAAUACUUAUUAGAAUAUUUAACACGCAUUUCCUAGACGCUAUAUUUUUUACUCGAAAGAAAAGAAUACCCCCUUAAAUUAUACAUGGAUUUCAAGAACGAGGCGAUAGAGAGGCCUAGGAUUUCAUUGAGCUGUUGUUAAUUGAUGUAAGUAUAUGUAUAAAUUUUUGGAUAACAAUAAUGCGUGUGAGAUUUCUAAUCGUUCAGAAAAUGACGCUUAGUUAAGAUUUGAAACGAACAUUGUAUCGUGUACGAUACGCUAUCAUUUUACAUUGUUAUAAGGUUUUAACGCCUCAUCUGUGCUUAUUGAUAAGUAAUACAGCAUAAUUUUCCUGCUCGCAGUAGCGAUUUUAUUUGGGAAAGAAAGAAUGAGCACUUGGAUGAAUAUUACAGAAGGGAGGUGCAUUCUAAACGUUAAGAAACAAAAAAAAGUAUUUUUAAAACUUCUCAAUCAAAUCUACACAAAUCACGGUAAUUUUAAUACCAGCUUAUCGUUAGAUUCCUAAGAUUAGCUUAAUUAUUUUAAUUUAGAUCCUUGUAAUUAUAAACAGUGCAAUCAUAAAGAUCAUCACCCAACGAGAAAAAAAAAAGAGAGAAUUGUUUGAACUCGACGAUGUACAAAAAUUAUGUAACUCACUUUGCUUCUCUGUGCAAGACACCAUUUUUAGAUAUUCCUAAAGAAAUAUAUAGAUAAUGUUACACAUACGAAUAAUUGCAUUUAUAAGUAACCACGUGUGAUUUAGUGCAUUUGUACAUGUUUAGCAAAUUCUUAUAAGCAAGAUUGAACGAACAAAAAAAAAUUGCAGCAUAUCAUGAUGAAUUGGGAACAUUUUUCACUAAUAUACAAAAUAUACAUUA